AUGACGAAAGGUGGGGGCAAGGAUCACACCCACACUGCGGAAUUCCUAGCCUGGAAACGCCUCCAGUUGAGCAAGGCCAAACUGUCGACAAUUACCGAGGUUUCAACUCUGAUGGCAGGAUUUGCGGUGGUGGCGACGGUUGAGCUGCAAAUCAAUGAUGACGCGAACCCAUACCUCCUGACGGCCUUCACCAUCACGACGUCCCUUCUCGUCUGCAGCACGAUGAUGGCCCUCAUGAUCUCCACCUGCGUCCUCCCUUACAUUCAGGCCGUAGUCAAGAUGGGGGGAGAAGCCAAGGAGUCUCCGCACGAGGAGAUGGCCUGGUACGUGGACGCGUCGUGGGUGUUGGCGAACACGGUGUCCAUUUUCCUCUUCACGCUGGAUGUGAUUAUCCUCUGCUGGAUCAAGUUCACCUUUUUCUCCGUGACGGCCUCCAUCUGCGCCACGAUGAUUAUGAUCCCCGUCCUGCUGGCCAUCCUGGGCUUUGGCCUCCUCUUCUACCGGGCACUCAUCCAGCACCAGUACCUCCUUCUCACCAGCAAGUGCUCACAACUGGACGAGAUGCAGAGGAACAUUGAGCACCACCUCUCACUCCACUCCAUUCAACAUGUCUAA